AUGAUGAAGCAGCUAAACCGUGCCGAGACUCCGCCGUCUAUCACGUUGCGUAUCGGCUUGGCAGCAGCUCACAGCCUUCAGCUCCGACGAGGACUUCGGGUGAAGCGUCCAAACGUUCAGGGCCCUCGGGGACCCCCGGGAAAGAGCCAGAACAACGGCACAAUUCACCAUCCCAGUCAGAUCUCCUGUCUGAGUAAACAGCCGUGGGGUUCGACCCUGGUCAUCCAGCGGCAAGAGAUGGCUGCCUACUUCAGACUGUUUGAUGAUGAUCUCAUCCAGGAUUUUCUGUGGAUGGACUGCUGUUGCAAAAUUACAGAUAAGUAUUUGCUCGCCAUGACGUUUGUCUACUUCAAGAGGGCGCGUUUUAGCAUCGGCGAGCACAGCAGGAUGAACUUCUUUAUCGCUCUAUACCUUGCAAACACCAUGGAGGAGGAUGAAGAGGAGGCAAAGUAUGAGAUCUUUCCCUGGGCUCUGGGGAAGCGCUGGAGGAAACAGUUCCCUCGUUUCCUGAAGCAAAGGGACAAGCUGUGGGCUCGCAUCGAGUACCGAGCGGCAGUCAGCCGCCGCUGCUGCGAGGAGGUGAUGGCCAUCGCGCCGUCUCACUUUAUUUGGCAGCGGGAGCGAGCAGCUCACCACAGUGGUGCACAGCGGCAGUACCGGGACAGGGAGGAGAUCCAGAUCCCACGAGGUCCAGCUGCCUCUCCCGAGCCCUGCGCUCUCUGUGCUCAAGUCUCACGCCUGUCCCCGUCCCCUCUUCCCCUCAAACUCAGCCUGAGUCUCCAGGAGACACCCAAGUCCGAGAAAUUAUUCAGGCCCCACAGUAACGCCUCCUGCUACUGCACACACAGCCCAGCAGGAAGUGAUGCGCACAGCGAAACCGGCCAUGACAAUUCCAUAGAGUGGAUCAACAAGAACUAG